AUGAGGCUGCUGUACCAUUCGCUUCUUGUCUUGAUCGUCUUUUCGUGGACAAAGGCUGAGAUGACGACCAUUCGUGGUGAACAAGCCAAUACGGCUGUGCUCAACUUGACCGCCGUUGCCGGCUAG